GCGAUGGGUUCUCAGCACAGGUAUAUAAACAUCGGAGCCCAGCCAGCGCCGCCGUCAGUAGCGAGAUCCCUUGAACCAACUAACAUGAAGUUCUCAUGUAAAGUUUGUCUUCUCGGCUUCUGCGCCCUUGUAAUUAUAUGUGCGGUGGCGGAGGCUACUUCGCCUCCAGGACCUUUUAGGUGCCCAUGGCGUCCACCGUGCAAGAAGUGCCGUCCUCGUGUUUGCCCAGCUAUCGCUUGCCCGAAGUAUGAAGAUGUCUGCCCGCCAUGCAAGCCCCCGACUUGUCCUCCUUGCCCACCACCUCCACCUUGCAAUUGCCCUACUCCCGUAUGCCCUCCAUGUCCAUAUAGUAAGGGCAAGAAGUAAGAGAUAAGACCGGUGGGAGGGGGCAGAGGAGGUUUACUGCGAGCAUCAAGAGAAAGAGAAAGAUUGAAAACGCACAAGCUUGGGAAACUGCAGACGAAGCGUGUCUUCUCAAUGCAUGAAUUUCUUUUGUGGAAAUAAUUCCUUAUCCCCUUGCGAAUUGUUUCUCAUAACUCUAGAUUGAGGAUAAUGACCACAGUGUGAUGUCAUGGUAUAAGUUCUUCCAAUUUUCUGUAUAUUAUCCUCUAUCUGUGUUUCAAAUGCAUUGUGCAGAAGUAGAGAAAGAACAUAAGGUGUUCAUAUUCAAUAAGAACCGUAAGAACAAAAGGUUUAGUAAUCAGGCACUCGCACAACCAUUCAAUUCUAAACUGUUAGCGCGCUGGUUUGAUGUAAUUAAUCAAUAAACCAUAAUGAUUAU